UUCUUCGACCGCUCGCCACGUAUAUGACGCAUACAUGCGCAAGCGAGAUCGUCCGCUUCGAUCGUCGAUCCAUCUUGGAGAAUACGCUGUCGGAUGCACCGCAACAACCUCCUCCGACUGCGCUUCCUUUUGUACGCUCCGACGCUAGCUCCGACAAGUGAUUCAACCGCUCUUCUUCCGUUAACGACGUGCCAUACAACGCUCAGCAGCCUGUGAUACGCAAACCCUUUGACUAGAAUUCGUCCGUGUAGACGUAGUACACGGUUAAUCGACCACUUGAAAGAAGCAGUGUAGAGGAUCCUCGAUCACAAAGAUCGUUCGAGGAAAGAAGGAAGAAGAUCGAGGAAAAGGGAGCAAGAACCGAGCCACGAUACGACGAGGAAAGAGAACUGGAAGACAGCGCAGGAGAAUGUCGACUUGCACCGACGAGGCCGACAACGCACCCCUGCAUAUGCAGGAGGCUCUGUCUCCGGUACAAGAGGGGCCAGUGUCACCGGCGUCCUCCUCCCUGAGCAACCAAAAUCAAAACGAGAGCGAGCAACAGGUGUUGCUGGCAACGAUGCAGCCAGUGAACGUAUUAGACCUGCACGAGCCAUCCUCGGUGCACUCUCUCCACCCGAAAUACCACCAUCACCACCACCGUCACCACCACCAUCACCACCACCACCACCACCCUCAGCACAUUCAAACCGACCCCGACGACGUUCAACAACGCGCCGGCGACGACACCGACGGCCGCGUAACACCAGGCGGUGACGCGUCUUCCGCGAACUCGACGCUGGGCGUCGGCGAGCACAAGAUGAUCGACCUGAUCUACAACGACGGUCAGAAGACCGUCAUGUACACGCACGACAAGGAGAUCAUUUAUGAGAACGAGGCUGAUCGGGUGCAGGUGGUUGAGUAUCCACCACCGCCACCAUCACCACCCUCGCCGACGACGCCCUCCGCGGUCACCAGAGCUGGACUGCUGCCCCCGACGUGUGUGACACCUAGAUCUGGCUCGACUACUACGGCCCUGCACCUGCAUCAUUAUCCGCAGCUUCAGCUGCAGCAUGAGGAUGAUCUUCCACCUGGGGUACGCCACGCUGUUAAUGCUACUGUGCCGAAUUGUGGAGCGGCGACUACGACUACUACGGUUCUGGUGCUGUCUGAGCUGGUGGCUGCUGAUCCUGCGGCGGGUGCGGCCGCUGCGCAGCAACUUACACUCACUGCCGCUGCUGCUGCUGCUUCACUCAGGGCGGGACGCCGAAGUCGCGGCGAGGAAGAGACUAGCGUGGUAAGCGACGAAAAUUCGCAACAACAACAGCAACAACAAUCCGGUUACGUAGCUGGACAGCGUGACACAGAGGAAGAGGAAGAACUGGGGGCGGAAGAGGCGGCGGCGCAGGCGGCCCAGUCGCUGCAGAGCGGCGCCGAGGGCGCCGACCCGGAAGUCCACAAAAGGGUUGCUGCCGUGCAGGUGCAGGUGCAGGGCAUGGAGGGCGACUGGCGGACCUACUGCGAGCAUCCGCUCUCGGUAGCGACCGCGGCUAUGCUCAAUCUUCAACAACAACACCAGGUCUCGGCUGUCGCUAGUCAUGGCGACGAUCCUGCCGCUUCCUACGUUUAUGAAUACUAUAAACUUCCCGAAAAAACCACGGCGGAAGUGAAACUACCACCUACACACGAACUUUGGUCCACGGGUGUGAUGGGGCAAAAGCUGCUGGUGCAGGAGGCGCCUGGGUCCGGUUCCGGAUCGACGAAUCGCAUGGAAGGUGGCGAAGGUGCCGGUGGAGGGGAACUUCACCACUUCCUACAUCAGUAUAACCAGCAAUCCCACAGUCCCGGCCAGAGUCUUCAGGGUGGCCUUCCGCUUCCGUUGAGCCCGCAGUCGCUCAGACACGACGGCUCCUCGAGCGCCGGUAUCGCCGGGGUCAAACGCGAACCUGAAGACCUCAGCUCCUCCAGGGGUGCACAACAGCCUAGCAAGAGGCACAAACACGCGCAGCCUGAUAGUCCUACGCCACCGGGCAUGUACCAUCAUCCUCAACAUCAGAUACAGGUACAACAGUACGGAAGUCCCUACGACCCCUACAGCUCGUGCAGUCCACGUCUCCAGUCGACAGCGUACACGUCCACCUCGGCGACAGGAACAGCGAACACUGGAAACCCGAGCGGAUUGCACCAGGAGGCGACAGCUGUCUACGUGACCGGCGACGCUCUACCACCUUUGGCCUCCUCGAGUUCGUCCUCGUUGUCCACCACGACCGCUUCGUACACGAGGUACGAGGUUGUGCCAAGCUCUUACGCGACGACACACGCGAUACGCUCGUCCUCGAGCAGCAGCAAAGUCCUGACCGUUGAUCUUCCCAGCCCUGACUCUGGCAUCGGCGCCGACGCAGUCACACCCAGGCAAGAUCAUCAUCCACCCACGGCGCUGCACCAGUCCUCUUUCGACUACACGGAAUUAUGUCCCGGCGGAACAGCAGCAGGAGCCGCUGUGGUCCUCGAAAGUGGUGCAGUGAUACACCAUCAACCUUUGCAGCUGCAGUUGCAACAGAGCCACGCACAGGCGCAGGUGCAACGUGGAGCCUUGGUGUCCUCGGCUGCGACCACACCGAACCCUAACCCGAAUCCACCGAGGUCACGACCUUGGCACGAUUUCGGUAGACAGAACGAUGCGGACAAGAUUCAGAUACCAAAAAUAUUUUCCGCCUAUGGAUUCAAGUACCACUUGGAGUCGCCGAUCAGCACGUCACAGAGACGCGAGGACGAUAGAAUCACGUAUAUCAACAAGGGUCAAUUCUAUGGGAUCACGUUGGAUUAUGUUCCGGAUCCUGAUAAACCCACUCUGAAAGCUGGACAGACUGUUAAGAGCGUGGUAAUGUUGAUGUUCCGAGAGGAGAAGAGCCCAGAGGACGAGAUUAAGGCGUGGCAAUUCUGGCACGGAAGACAACACUCUGUCAAGCAACGCAUCCUGGAUGCCGACACGAAGAACAGCGUGGGACUGGUGGGCUGCAUAGAAGAAGUUGCACACAAUGCGAUCGCCGUUUAUUGGAACCCACUCGAGUCCUCGGCUAAGAUCAACGUGGCGGUUCAAUGUCUCAGCACAGACUUCUCCAGUCAAAAAGGUGUGAAAGGACUGCCGUUGCACAUUCAAGUGGACACUUAUGAGGAACCUCCACCACAUACUCACACGUAUACGCCACCCUCGCACCGUGGUUAUUGUCAGAUCAAGGUGUUCUGCGAUAAGGGAGCCGAAAGAAAGACACGUGACGAAGAAAGGAGAGCAGCGAAGAGAAAAAUGACGGCUACCGGUCGGAAAAAACUUGACGAAUUGUAUCAUUCCGUAACGGAACGCAGCGAAUUUUAUUCCAUGGUCGAUCUUCACAAACCACCGGUUCUCUUCUCGCCACCGGCCGAGCACACCAUAGACAAGGUGCAGGAGCUGCAGGGCUCGGUGCUGCAGGGCGUGCAACAAGCGGGCCUCGCGGGCACGGUCGUCUCCGGGGUCGGAAACAGGCUUCAUCUGCAGCAACAACCGCCGCAUCUGCGCCCGGCCGAUGCCGAGGAGAGAGUGAUGCUGUACGUCCGUCAGGAAUCCGAGGAUGUCUACACGCCGUUGCACGUCACACCGCCGACCGUUCAGGGACUGUUGAAUGCUAUUGAGUCAAAGUACAAAAUUGCAUCCUCGAGUAUUAAUAACCUCUAUCGCAAAAACACAAAGGGAAUUACAGCGAAAAUUGACGACGACAUGAUCCGAUACUACGUGGACGAGGAUCUGUUUCUGUUGGAGGUGACCCACUCCAGAAUGAACCCGGACCCGAGUAACGAGCGCAACAAUCCCGGCUCGCCCGGGGAUCCCGGAGAUCCAGGAGAUCCCCCAGCGACCGCGGGCUACGACGUCACCCUGAUCGAGCUGCCCUCGACGCCGGCCCACGUCGCCCAUUCGCCCCUAACGAACUCGUCGCACGCUCACGCGCACGUUCACGAGAGCGGCAACACGUGAAGUGAUCACACGCACAGAGACAAAGAAAGUAUAAUAUGUAGCUUUCGUUUCGUGUAAAUAAGUCUGAGGAAGAACCGUCGCGAACGAUUGAACGGUGCAGUAUGAAGUAAGAGGAACUGCAGUAGGAGCCGAAGAGGACGUUCGUUUUAUCGCGACAGUUCGAAGAAGAGGAGCUUCAAGAGGAUCAUGGAGGCCCGCUAUACUUGGGACCGCGCGUGACUGAGAAGAACUGUUCGUACAACAUAAGAAGUCAAAGCGAUUGUUAGUUGAUAGUGUGAUCUUGUGGGUCGUUUUCGAGGAAACUUAAUAUUAAAUAGAGAGAUACAGGCGGUUCAGUAUUGUUGAAAUUUUUCGGAAGAGUCGCGUUAUAUUGCAGGGUUGAAAUGUUUUUGGUAGAAUUAGGUUAAUUUUUAGAUUAUGGGGAUGUAGGAAAAGGGAGGUCACUAGUGAGAGAUGCAAUAUAACGAGAGUCUACUGUUUUUUUAUUGGGACUGUUUUUGGUAGCUAUUUGAGGUGAUGUAUAUGUUAUAAUUGUGUUUGAGAUUGUUUGAAAAUGUUUUGUUAGAAGAAUAGAUUUGUUAGAGCUUCUUUAGGGGAAAUGGCUAUAUAGGGAGAGACUAUCGUUUGAUAUAAAAAUGUAGGGUUAUCAUAGCUGGAUUCUGUAAUUUUUGUUGGAACUGUAAUGUCAGGAAAUUUUGAAAUGAUUGAAAAUUUGUAUUUUGAAACUAAUCCAAUUACAAGAUUGGAAAUAUUGUAAUUUGAGAAUUUUUUAGUUUGGAAAUUAGGGAAUUUGGGGAAUUUUUAAUUUGGGAAUUGGAGAAUUUGGGAAGUCAGUAGUUUGGAGACUGUGGAAGUAGGAAAUUUGGUAAUUUUCAAACUAGGAAAUUUAGUAACUUGGACACUGGUACAUUUGAAAAUUUAAUAAU